AUGGGCAGACAGCCUUCGAUUACGCUUAGGACCCAAGAUAUCGUCACUGAGCCGCCCAUAUCCCUCGUUGCUGUCACAGAGUCUAACCUUCACCCUCAUGAAUUGCUAUUUCAAACGCACACUGUCGUGUCGACGCAUCUCCGAUGGUUGGAGAUGUUCGAGGCCACCUUGGAUCGUAAUACCUACCUUUACAUUCUUAGUGAGUACCUCGGUGCAGGGGUGCUGUCAAUGCUCUAA